AUGGCGCAGCAGGGGCGGACCUUCACGCUGCCCUCGUCGCAGCCCUUGCCGCCGCCGCCGCCCACCCCUUCGCUGCACCGCCCGCUGUCCCCCGGGGAGGGCGAGGAGAUCCCGCUCGGGCAGCACGUCGAGCGGCCGGGCCCGGACCCCGCCACCGGCGCCGUGAAGAGGAGGCUGUCCCUGUCCGGCGACCUGGGCGCCUCGCUGGGCACCAUGCCGCGCUACACGAGCUUCACGAAUAACGCGGACAAGAAACGCAAUCAGAAGAUCGCCGUGCUGUGCGUGUCCGUCAUCGGCACGCUGCUACUCGUGGUCCUGGGGGUGUGCGUGAUCUACAACAUGACGUACAUCAACCUGCUGAGCGAGGCGGUGGGCCGCUUCCACCCGGACAGCCACAGCGCGGCCCCGUCGGCGCACGCCGCCGCGCAGCAAGGCCCGACGGCGGUGUCAUCGGCGGCGUCCUCUGCGCCUGCUUUCGCCGAACCCUCCUCGGUCGACUUCUCAAUGCCGUUCUCCUCCGGGCAGGACAAGAAGCUGGCCCACAUGGACAUGUCGCCAUUCCAGCUGUUUGUCAGGCCCGGGGAGAACCGCGGCGAGGACGGCAACAACCCUCUGAACUGGGUGGUCCACGGGGGCAUACCUGGCGCCCGCGGCAACAUCAACCUGGGGCCCAUCGGCGACAUGAUCCCGCCUCCGCCCAACCUGGAGAAGCGCGACGUCCGCGGCCCGAGGCACGUUACCACGUACGUGAUCCCCCUGGACAAGAGGGACGUCGACCGAUCGGCUCACAAGCACGCGAUCGACAAGCGGGACACCAGUGCGAACGACAACAUGGGACUGGACGACUUCCGACGACGCCUCCUGAAGGAGGCAGACGACCUGCGGGUACUCAUGGAGGACAUCGAGCAGGAGCUGCGCACCAUGGAGCUCAAAAAGGCUAACACCAUCGAUCCGGAAGACAUCACCUCGGAUGGAUUCCCUCCAGCGCCCGGCGAACAACUGGAGAACCCGCAUGUCCGCGAGGAGCGCGUCAGGCGGUCCGAUGAGUUGGUGCUGGAGGCGGCGCGGCUGCGCAGGGGGCGGCUGCUGGAGGAGGCGGCGCGGCAGGAGCAGGGUGAGGGGCGGGGCGGACGACGCAAGCGCGACAUGGACCUGGCCGGGGCCGUGGAGACGCUUCUCUUCCCGCCCUCUCAACGGGUCCACGACAAGCGCGAGGCCCGUGCGCACGCCGUGGAGCACCUGCUGGAGGAGAGGGUGCGCCUUCUCGAGGAGGCCAAGGAGAUUGGACUUAUGAUCGAGGCGCUUCGGGCCAGACAGACGAGGAGCCUGACGCUGCCCGUCGUGUUGCCGAGGGCGCGCCGGCAGGCCCAGGACCCCGCCAAGGACCUGCAGACGCUUCUGCGGCUGCGCAAGUGGAAGCACAACCUGCCGGCCACCAACGCGUUCCUAGAGGCCGCUCGCCACAAGAAGCACGUCGACCCGAUGCUGCUAGGCAGGCUCGUGGAGCUGCGCGCCAGCCUGCUCAAGGAAGCCGACGACAUCAUGGUCAUCGUCAAGGAGCUCCAGGGCCACCCGACGGGCCGCGGCAGCGCGAGCAGUUCCCUUCUGGAUAUUUGGCCGUCCCCACCCCCGCAAGUGGAGCGCAGCAGCACCGAGGGGUCGAGCAACCCGUCGAAUCAGACCAGGGCGGUGAACCUCGACGCCAUCAACCAGGCCUCCAACCAAACUGCGGCGUUGCACCCGGAGCACAGCGGGCGCAACGUGACCGGCGACCAGCGCUCCCGAUAUGCAGAGGAUGAGCCGGGGUGCCCGCCGGGCCACCGCGCCUGCCACGACAGCUCGGGCUGCGUGAUGGCCUCCAUGUGGUGCGACGGCGCGGUCCACUGCCCCGACGCCAGCGACGAGGCGCACUGCUCCUGCCGGGACCGCGUGGAGAGAGAGCGCUUGUGUGACGGUUACUUCGACUGCCCGCUCGGCGAGGACGAGAUGGGCUGUAUGGGCUGCCUGCCCACCGAGUUCAGCUGCGACGACUUCACCGACGGCAAGCUCCGCGCCACGUGCGUGUCCAAGUCCAGCCGGUGCGACGGCAACGUGGACUGUCCAAGCGGCAAGGACGAGGCUGAGUGCUCGCUGCUCACGCUCAGCGUCACCGGCAGGAAGACGCUCCCCGUGUCGUACCAGACGGGCUUCUUGCACCGCAACCUUCGCGGCGAGUGGUAUCCCGUGUGCGGCCAGAGCGGCGACCGCGAGUGGGCCCUUCAGGCCUGCCGUGACGUCGUCUCCGCUGACGUCAGCGACUCGGACAUGCUGAUCGACGUGGUGCCCGCGCCCAGCUCGUACCGCGGCGCCUGGCUUGAGGCCUCCGGGCCCGGCGCGCUCAGCGUGGUGUCCGAGUGCCGCUCGGCCGCGCUGGUCCGCUGCCCGCCCAUGCUGCCCGGGUCGCGGGUGCCGCCGCCGCAGAGCCCCUUCCAGCGCGGCGCCGCCCACCCCGAGGACUUCCAGUGGAGCCGCGAGAGCGACGAGGAGCUGGCCAACGACCCCGAGGACCUGCGCACCAGGCUCAAGCGGUAUCUGCACCUCGCGCCCGGCCUUGACCCUCUGCUCAUCGACUACAACCAGCUUGAGAACUCGGCCGCAGAGCUGCUCGACCAGGACGACAGAAUGCGUGCCGCGGAAGACCCCAGCAAGGCCGACGACGCGAUGGACACCUUGUCAACAAGCAGGAAUGGCAAGGCGCAUCGCAUGAGGGAGACCCUGCAGGACGAUGACGGCAUUGUUCAGAACAACACGGGCGAGGACAGCGUGGCGUUCGAGUUGGACCCUGAGGAGCUGAGGCGACUGGUAACCGACCUGGGAGAUUCGUCGGCCGAGUCCCCCGCCAAGGACCCGGCCGACGACAGGGUGUUGCUGCGGCGCCUCCCCUCUACCAGGGACGCCUACCAGGUUGUCGGCAACAAGCCUCGAGUCUCUGACAAUCGCGGACAAGAGGUGAGGCUGGCGCACCCAAUGAUAAAGAUAGUCGUCCGCCUCCGCAGCGCCCGCCACACUCCCGCCGGACCGACCGCCCCCGAUGUCACCCUCCAAGCCGCCGUCCCCGUGGAGCGCAGCCGCAGAGGGAACCUGUCGCCCCGCGUCGUCGGCGGCAAGCCCGCCAAGCCCGGCGCCUGGCCGUGGGUCGUGGCCAUCUACAGGGACGGCGUCUUCCACUGCGGCGGCGUCAUCCUGGACGAGUCUUGGGUGCUCACGGCCGCGCACUGCGUCGAUGGGUUCGACCGUCACUACCUGGAGGUGCAAGCCGGUAUGCUGCGGCGAUUCUCUUUCUCGCCCAUGGAGCAGACCCGCACCGUCAACUAUGUCGUCAAACACGACCAAUACGAUCCCGAGGACAUGCGGAACGACAUCGCAGUGAUGCACGUGGGCGAGCCGCUGCACUUGAACCGCUGGGUGCGGCCCAUCGCCCUGGCCGACUGGGGCGGUCAGCACGGCCCGCUGGACCCACCGCCGGGCACCCAGUGCCACGCCGUGGGCUGGGGCGCCACCGUGGAGCACGGCCCAGACCCUGACCACAUGCGGGAGGUCCGAGUUCCCGUGCUGGCGGCGUGCGUCCACCCGGAGGACAGGCGCUCGGGAGGGCUGUGCGCCGGCGUGUGGGAGGGCGGCAAGGACGCGUGCCAAGGCGACAGCGGCGGCCCUCUGCUGUGCAGGGUGCCGGAGGACCCGACGCGCUUCUACGCCGCCGGAGUCGUGAGCCACGGCGAGGGGUGCGCUCGCCCGGGGGAGCCCGGCGCCUACACCAGGGUGUCCAGGUUCAUCCACUGGAUCCGCGAGCAGACAGAGAGUCGCCACGUGGUCACGGUCACGCCGUUACUCAAGUGCCCCGGACACCAGUGUCUGUCGGGGCCGAGGCGCUGCGUGGCGCCCCGGAAGCGCUGCGACCGAGCCGUGGACUGCCUCAAGGCGGAGGACGAGCUGGGCUGCGACUGGGGGCUCGACACCUUCAUGCGCGCCUCCCGGGGCGGGCCGCCGGGGCUCGUGCCGUACAACACUUCGUCAGUGGCGCGCGCUCACGGCGGCGCCAGGGAGGCGGAAGGGGACGCCGAGAACAGCGACGUCGUGUUCCCACCGAGUGGGCAGGCCGACGACACGGGUUCGGCGGCCCCCGACCAGCAGCAAGGCGAGCAGCAACCGCAGCAAUCAGAUCAGCAAGAGCCACAACCUGAACAGCCCGUACAGCCGGAGCCGCAACCCGAGGCAGCACCAGAGCCCGCCCCGGAGCCCACCCCGGAGCCCGCCCCUGAGCCCGCCCCGGAGCCUGCCCCAGAGCCGGCUGCUGGGUCGGAUCCAUCGGAGGAGGCAGCCCCCUCGAGCCCGCAGCCUCCCCAGCAGAUCUUCAUAUUCCCGGCCGUGCAGCCCGGCGCGGUGGGAGCUGCGGACAAUUCGACAGGCGAGGUGCCCGCUGAAAACUCUGUGAUCGAUCCGGCUGUCAACAUCACUGGACCAGUCCAGGGCUUGGAGACGAACGCCCUCAACUUGACGGACGCCAGCAACGGCACGGUCCCGGGGACAGGCUUGACGCCAACCUACCUGUCGGGUGCUGCGGGAGGCCUGGCGAACACGACGGCCAACGCGACGGACGCAGAGGGCGUCCCGGCCUACCAAACGGGCUUCGACGCCAACCAGACCGCGCUAGUGGACUCGACGGGUGCUGGCGUUAUUGUCAGCCCCGAGGCUGCGGGUGGUGCGCCCAACAACGCGACAGAAGAAAGUCAGGCUCCCGCUGUGGACGGCGCCGUCGCCGAGGCGCUCACGGAAGCGCCGGUGGAAGCGGCGUCGCCCGGCGGGGAAGCUCCCGUCGAGGGCGUUGCCGAGGCUCAGGUGCCGGCGGUGGUCGCCGACAACGGGACGAUCGCUAUCGGGGCCGGAGCCUCCGCGGCGGGAGCUGCGGCUAACUGGACAGUCCCUGGGGGCGGCGCAGGAGCAGGCGGUGGCGCUUGGAACGUGACGGCCGCGGGGGUGGAUCUGUCUGCGGCCAACGUGACGACCGUCCUGCAGCUGGACGGCGCUCUCAACGCCACCACUCCGUCCACCGCGGACGCCGGAGGGGCUGGAGUCGAGGCGGUCGUUGGGGCAGCUGAGGCGGCAGCUGGUGCUGCUGUUGGUGCUGGGGCAGCUGCGCUGGCAGGGGCUGCUGAGGUCGCUGCAAACAACACCACCGAGGCUGGAGAAGUGGCAGCAGCUGUCGCUGCAAACGCCUCCGCAGCGGCCGAGGGCAUAUUCCCAACGGCGGGCAAAAUGUUCACGUGCAAGAGCACGCCGCAGACGGUCGCGCUGUCCCGGCGCUGCGACCGUGCCGUGGACUGCGUGGACGGGUCGGACGAGGCGGACUGUCGCUGCGUGGACUACCUGCGGGCCGCGCGGCCCGACGCCGUGUGCGACGGCUCCCCGGACUGCCUGGACGGCUCGGACGAGGCGGACUGCGCGCUGUGCGCCGCGGACCAGUACACCUGCUGGCAGAGCCCCGGCACGCCGUGCCUGCCGCGCGGGCUGGAGUGCGACGGCGCCCAGGACUGCGCCAACGGCGAGGACGAGGAGCACUGCCUGGCGCUGACGGACGGCGCUCGCCUGCAGCUGGACGCCGCGGGGCUGCCCGUGCUGCAGCGGGAGGGCGUGGUGGCGCGCAAGGUGCACGGCGUGUGGCGCCCCGUGUGCUCCGGCCUGCACGGCUCCUCCCGGAGCGUCUCCAGCUGGGCCACUGACGCCUGCGUUGCCCUGGGCUUCGGGUAGGAGAUCUAACAAGGG